CUGACAUGUCACAGUCGCCUCAGGAAAGGUGGCUGAUUUUUCUUGGCUCAGAAGAGCUCAGGAACAACAGCUGAUAAUACUAUUAAUAAUGAUGAUAAUGUUAAUACCAACCUUUUUAUUCUUCUCAAAUUAAUUACAAUUGACAACAGACCAAUUCAGUCUGCAACUUUAUCAUUAUCAUCAAGAAACAUUCCCACAACUUUAGACUUGAAAACAAAAAUGUCUUAUUUCUAUUAUUCCUUGAAUAUAAAAAACAUAAAAUACUAAAUCUAAUUCAUGACACAACUUAUUGUAUGUAAUCUUAGAUACUGUACUUAGAUUCAUUGUGUAAUAUUACUUACCAAAAGCCAUGGAAUUAGGAAAUGCUGGUGUUAUCGAUGGAUGAUAUAAGCUUUUUUGGACCUGAUACUGUCUGGGACCUUUACACUGACAAACAGAAUUGGAUCAACGUGGAGGACUUCACAAUAUACAAUUGGAGUACAAUGCUAAACAGACCAAACCUGAAUCUCUUUACCAUGGGGAAGGAUAUAUAUGUAUAUAUUUUUUCUUUUUUGCCUAGAUUACACAUUGGGAACUUCUGAAGAUCCACUGCUAAACAUUUUGGGGGAAUGAUUACCGCUUUUGUGCAGCAGAGGGCAACAUUGCACUGCCUUUCAAAGACCAUUAUAAGACUAAGGAAAAUAAAACCACUCAAAGGGCAACUGUUUGGAUGACUGAAAGCAGCUACAACGUGAAUGUUUGAGUUGUAAACAUUUUUGUAUAAUUCCAAAGUUUAUUAUGUGCCAUUAAGUUAACCACUGACAUUGUUUUUAUCAAAACAAUUCACAAAUGGAGAAACACUCUGUCUUUCUGUAUUGAUCCUCCUUUUGGAAAAACGGUUCUUUUCUAACGUAAAACAUAUACAAUACACUUUAGUUAAGCUCUCUUUGUCUGGUUCUGUAAAUGUAAAACCAGUUUUAUUGUUCUAGCCUAUUGUGUGAAGAAAAAAUACAAACCAAAAACAAAAUAAUAAUCCAUUGUCAAAAGUUAUUAUAAAACCUCUCUUCAUUUGAUACAUUGUUAUUAUUAUCAGUUUAAUUCAUCAGUAUCGGCAUCAUUCAUUUUAUUGAAUAACCUAUUUAUUUAGUGCAAUGUAAAAACAACUAGAAGCCAUAGUAAGGAACAUCACAAUCAAUCCUGGCCCUUUUCAAAAUAUUAACGAAAUAACAUUGAGAUGUAAUUGUUAAAUUAGUUAUAACAUGAUAUAAAAAGUAAUCCAUUAUUAUUUAAACUCGCCUGUUUAGUAUCCGCCCACUGUAGGUGAGCAGCUUGGUGAUGAGAUUUGCGUCCUUUUUCGACCACGCCCCGCUUUGUUACUGUGGAAACCAAUGAGAUUGAUGAGUGUAGUGAAGCAGAUGGUCUCUCAGUUAGCUGGAAAAGGUUAGCCAGAUUGCUAACCUAAACCAACUUUUACUGUCACGUUAUAAAAACAUGACAAACACGGACCUACUUUGACUUUACCUUGGCGGAGUAUAAUCUAUGGUUGCUGUGUCACUCAGUAGGUCUUUGCCAAGAAGUUUCCACAUACUUUGAAUCCAGACCUGCCAGGAAGUACUUUCACUUCCACACACAGACAGGCUUCUGCCGAGCCCCUCUCUCACAGUCCAAGUACAACAUGCACUCAAUCUCCAACACACACUGAACAGCCACAGCAAUCACAAACCUAAACUAACCCGUCUAAGCGUGGGAUACAUACACAGCAACUGAAACAAACAACACACAUAUAGCCAUCCCCCCUUCUGCUACCUCUUCUGCUUUUUUCCGUGCUCCUCCCCUCUAAAUAUCUCCGGAGCAAUGCAGAACGUCUCUGCUCUUCCUGAAUUAUGAGUCAUGCAAGCCACAAUGAGGACCUCAAUCGCUCUCCCACUGAGCUCCUGAGCCGUGCAACUGCUCACAUCUCAGCUUGAUGGCCAAGGGAUAAAAUGUAUGGAACAUUUUUUUGGACCCAGUCUCAUUUUAAUUAUGAUUCCUGCCUACUCCUCAAUUAUUUGCAAUUCAUUGGCUAUCAAUCCAGAAGGUGCUGACCAGCUGACAUGCUAUUUGAAUAAUAUUUCUGGAUAUCUCUGCUGUGAAUGAUCAAGAUGAAACAAAUGGACAAUGCUGAUUGUAUUUACAUUUAAUAACAUUGAACAGUUCUGCUCCAAAUAUUGAAAUACUUAUUUUUACACUGAUAUAUAUCAACCAUUCAACAAAGUAAACCCAUUACCAGACUGUAAUGGGAGGGAGAGCAGAGGAGAGGGAGGCAUAUGUCCUUCCAGAGUGGAGGAAACCCCAGGAAGAAGCAGAAGAGAGUGACAGCGAGAAGGAUGUGGAGGUGGUGGGCAGAGUUAUGCACAUCCCUCUGCACCGCUGGGUGAUGCACGGAGCUGUGAUGUUCGGACGUGAAUUCUGCUACGCGAUGGAAACGGCCCUGGUUACGCCAGUGCUGCUGCAGAUAGGUCUCCCCGAGCAAUAUUACAGCUUAACCUGGUUCCUCAGUCCGAUCCUGGGUCUCCUCCUCACGCCUGUGAUUGGCUCAGCCAGUGACCGGUGUACUCUGCGUAUUGGCCGGAGAAGACCUUUCAUUCUGGCCCUGUGUGUGGGCGUGCUGCUGGGAGUGGCGCUCUUCCUAAACGGAUCAUUAAUAGGCCUUUCCCUGGGGGAUAGUCCCGGCAGCCAGCCAAUCGGCAUCAUCCUCACUGUAUUAGGUGUGGUGGUGCUGGACUUCAGUGCUGAUGCUUCCGAGGGACCAAUCAGAGCUUACCUUCUGGAUGUUGCUGACACCGACGAGCAAGAUAUAGCCCUGAAUAUUCACGCCUUCUCUGCUGGGCUGGGCGGAGCAGUGGGCUACAUGCUGGGAGGUCUAGACUGGACUGGCACAGCUCUGGGCCAAGCAUUCAAAGCACAGGAACAAGUCCUCUUCCUGUUCGCUGGCAUCAUCUUUAUAAUCUCUGUCACUCUGCACAUGCUCAGUAUCCCCGAGCAGUCUUUCGCUCCGUCCAACCGGCUUAAAGUCACAGGAAAGGCAGCGUCUACCAGCCAGUUGUCUUUCAGACCUAUCAUUCACUCUGCACCUUUCCUUGAUGUGAUCGCAGAGGAGGAUGCGUUUGUUCGAGCAUCUUCCCGGCAGGAGAACGAAUCAGAUUCUGAGGAAGGGGACAUGGACUUCCUAGCGGUUGAAAGAGUAAGGAGUAAAAGCGACUCGGUCUUAGCCAUGCCAGAUGCUACGAUCGAGAUGGAUUCUGAUCUCGAUCCAGACUCGCAACACUUCCUGCCAGAGGUCCAUCACUUUCUACCAGAGAGGCAGGGAGAGCUACAGGAUGCUUUUCAGCCAUCUGAUCACAUUAAUGGGACUCUGUCUCCUUCUGGUGGACCACCCAACCUCACUGAUGGGUUGGUAGCCUCUACAAAUCCAGGUUGCACUGAGUCUAAGGGGCCAACACACGGCCCUCCUCUUCACCUUCAGAUCAAUUCUGGCUCUGAGAACUCAAACCUAAAAAAACAGCAGGUCAAGGCUGUCAAUGGUAUCAAUGCGGGCCUGUCCUCUUCUGACUCCUCCGAUGCAAUGAAAGACAACGCCCCCAGUAAGCUGCCCAGCCGCCCUGCCAACACCUCCGUUUCCUCACGCCCCCACCCACACACCUUCUACAGACAGCCCUCCUUCACUUUUUCCUACUACGGACGAGUGGGAUCACAGCGAUAUCGACUGCGAAAGGCAGCGCCUUUGAGCCCUCGGCCAAUCACCACCUCCCAGAGUCUGAAUGACCUGAGCGAACUCCAUCGGCGAGCAGACCGCCGGGAGCUGCAGCUGUCAGCUAGCAGUCUGUCAUCUGAGGGCUCCAGUGAGGGGGGACUAGACAAGGGCACAACUGUCCGGCUGCUAUGGUUAUCCAUGUUCAAGAUGCCGAGGCAGCUGUGGACAUUGUGUGUGUGUCACCUCCUCACAUGGUUCUCCAUUAUCGCUGAAGCUGUGUUUUACACUGAUUUCAUGGGACAAGUCAUUUACCAUGGAGACCCGACGGCACCAUCCAAUUCCACAGAGCUUCUCAAAUAUCACCAAGGAGUGCAGAUGGGCUGCUGGGGACUGGUGGUCUACGCCGCUACUGCUGCCGUCUGUUCUGCAAUCCUGCAGAAGUACCUGGAUAAUUUUGAUCUGAGCAUUAAGGUUAUCUACAUUGUUGGAACUCUGGGAUUCUCAAUAGGAACGGCUGUCAUGGCGAUCUUCCCUAAUGUGUAUGUUGCCAUGGUGAUGAUCAGUAGCAUGGGCAUCAUCUCCAUGAGUAUCUCCUACUGUCCCUACGCAUUACUCGGGCAGUACCAUGAGAUCAAAGAGUACAUUCACCACAGCCCUGCAAACACAAGAAGAGGUUUUGGUAUUGACUGCGCUAUCUUGUCCUGCCAGGUCUAUGUCAGCCAGAUCUUGGUUGCAUCGGCCCUGGGCGCUGUGGUAGACGCAGUUGGAAGUGUGCGUGUCAUUCCUGCAGUUGCCUCCGGAGGUGCCUUCCUGGGCUUCCUCACUGCCUGUUUCCUGGUCAUUUAUCCUGAUAUGGAGCCGAGCAGCUCAGAGCCGAACCAGGGCUUGGUGGGUUUACCUGGAGAUUCAGACCAAAGUGAAAAAAAGAACAGUGAACAGAGGCUGGCUCUGCUGAGCCUCACAGAUGGAGAAAGCUUGAAAAAGACAGAGAAGGACACUGUUGCCUGAGCAUGAGAGGAUUAAACCAAAUGUCUGUCUCUUUCUGACCGAGGGAAUUUAAUGAAAAGAGAGAACACAUGGCAAACAUGUUCCCAUCUACAGAAAUGUAGGUGGGGUGGAUUUGAAAGGAGAAUAUUUUUUUGAGUAGAGGGCUGACAAUCUCAGUGUUGGGCUGAUACGCCUGUCUUAUUGCUACCUCAUCCUUAAAACAAAACAAAGUUUGGAUGGCUAGAUGGAUAGAAGUGAGCCAUUAGGGAAUGUGUGAGACUGUUCAAACUAACUUAGCUCAGACUACUGAAGCAAAUGUAAGCCUUUAUUGCGAAAGCACAAAUGGGAAGCACGCAAAGCACUUUCUAUCUCACUUCAGAACAUUAUUAUCAAACUGAUGCUGCAGAAUGACGGGAUUUGUGAUAUUUUAUUUCACAGUAGCUGCUCCAAUAGUGCUGAAUAGACAAUCGUAGUGCCGUGAAGGUGCGUGUGCAUUACAUGUACACUGAAUACAGAUGUUCAUAUAUGUUACAGUGUUAAGGGAAUACCUUUGGUUGAGGUUAGGGUUAUUGUGUUGUUAUUUAAGAAAUUGCCAGAAAGUUUCAAAACAACAGUCAAAGCCUUUUGCAUUUGUUCAAGACUCAAAAUGUUUUUUUUUGUUGAAUUUAUUAAUGCAAAGAUCGGUAGUGUGCAGUAGGAAUUGCCAUUUCUUUUCUUUUUUUACGACUAUGCCAUGAAACACAAUGUUUGUUUUUUCAUAUGAAGCCAGCAGCUGACAAUUUAUUCGUUGCACUACUGUUGAGUGCAUUUAACAACAAAAUGCAAUGCAACGUCUACCACAAAACAUUCUGCAUUGCAUUUUUGACCAAUAGUGCAUCAUGGAUUCUAACUUUCUUUGGGUUUCACUGGGAUUUGUUUUCGAGGUAGCAUUUGUUUUGCUUUUUAUUGAAUUAUUAUUUUAUUGUAUAUUGAGAUACACAUUCCAAAAACAGUUGAAAGGAGAAACACCGUCAUCAUGUAGCAUCCAUUAGUUGGUUAGGGUGCCAAACUUAUCAUUCGACAGCCGUAAACUGACCUGAUGGUCACAGUGGUCAAACAUCAAGAUGAAUAGCUGCCAUACUGCCAGGAUUCAGUUCACUUUAGAAUGACAAACAUGUGUGGAAACCGAGAGGGUCUAUGGAGGAUCAUUGUUAACAUUUAGCAACAUGCAAGAUAAUGGUUAGCAUAGUCCCUAUAACAUAUUCUCAGGGUCACAAACUGAGUGCCGUGUGCAAAGUGUAAUAAUCUACAGACUAAUGUACAACCUUGACUCAAAAGCACCUAAUGCCACUUAGUAUAAAUGUCAUGCUCAGCCUUAAGUCUACUUAUAAGAACAAUAUUUUUAUAUUUUUGGGAGGUUUUAAGUUAUAUCUUCUAAAACUAACGUUGCAUAUUGAAUGGUAAAGCAGAGAACUUCUAUGCAAGGCCACUGACGGAUCUAUGCAAGCUUGAAAUUUCCCCGGUGUGGGAUGUGGUGACCAAAUUAAACGUUUUGCAGAAAGAAAAGUGCACUACAGCUUUUAUUCCUUUAACUUUUACUUGGUCUAAAUGUUUCAGAGAUUUUUCAGCAGGAAGCUUUUUAGAAAAACUCUUAAUUUUAAGAGUUUAUGGAAACAGGUCCCUGACUUACUGAAAUUGUUUUGGUUUUAUACUAAUGUUAAGAUGUUUAGGAUUCUAUUUUAUGUUUUGGUUUGAAAGCCAAUCCCUUGCGUGAUUUUAAAGGGAUCUUUUAAUAAUUGUGCUGCUACACAUAGUUUUGUACUUUGUAAACAAGACAUUUUUGUACCAAUUGUUUUGGAAUUGGGCAAAAAAAAAGAAUGAAUCCACCUUCA